UAGAAUAAGAGGUUUUAGACUUGAGAGUCACAAUGGAUGUAUAUAUAACACUCAUUUUUCAUAAAAUUUACAGAAAUAGCCAAAGCUAGGAGCAGACGAACAGUUUAAGAAGAAGCAAAGUUUUCUUAUGGCUUGCUCAGGGAUGAGGAGAUUUGAAGGCAAAGUAGUAAUAGUGACAGGUGGAUCAAAUGGCAUAGGUGCAGCCACCGCAAGGAAAUUUGUGGCAGAAGGUGCUUAUGUGUACAUUGCUGACAUCGAUGAAGAGGCAGGGGUUAAAGUUUGCCAAGAGCUCCAUGGGCAUGCCUCAUUUGUGAAGUGCGAUGUGGCAAUAGAGACCCAUGUGAAAGGGGUCGUAGAUCGAGCAGUGGAGGAGAAGGGGCGUCUAGAUAUCAUGGUGAACAAUGCGGGUAUGUUGCAUGCUCAUGGUAAUUCCAUCACAGAGGUCUCAGUUGAGACUUGGGAAAGAGUGAUGGCAGUGAAUGUUACGGGGGCUAUGUUAGGAAUGAAGCAUGCUGCAAGGGUCAUGGUUCCACGCAAUUCUGGUUCCAUACUCUUCAAUUGCAGUGUUUUGGGACUGAUUAAGACUGAUAAUGCCUCUCAUGGUUACAUGGCUUCCAAGAAUGCUCUGUUGGGUUUGAUGAAGAGCGGUGCAGUUGAGUUGGCAAAGGUAGGAAUACGUGUGAAUGCCGUUUCAUCCUUUGGGAUUGUGACAAAGAUGAUUGAGGAAUGGCUUGAUGAGGUGUCUAAUGGGAUGUGCCCUAAGGAGGUCCUUGAGGAUGAGAUGCAGAGGAAUGCUACUAAUGGAAGGAAGCUUACUGUUGAUGAUGUGGCCAAUGCUUUCUUGUUUCUAGCAUCUAAUGAGGCUUCCUACAUCAAUGGACAUAAUCUUAUAGUCGAUGGGGGUUUUUCUGUUCAUGGGCGAGAUAUUGUAACCUUCAAAGAUCCGCCUCGUCAUUAGAGAGAUAUAACAUUGUCAAUAAUAAGUUAUAUUUUCAAUAAUAAAAAGGGUCAGAGCUUUCCUUAA